AUGCAUCAAACCAAGGAUUUGGAGCUGUACUCUUGCAAAAAUAUGAUAAUGAUAUUACAUACAGAUCAUCCCGGUAUUACAUCGAUGAAAUCCAUUACGAGACAUUAUAUAUGGUGGGAAAAAUUAGAUAAAGAUGUCGAAAAAUUAGUCAACCGCUGUAUCGGGUGUCAAAAACAUCGCAGAGAUAUACCAGAAGUUGCCGUAUACCCAUGGAAUCCGCCAGCAAAACCCUGGGAAAGGGUACAUUUAGAUUUUGCCGGACCACUAGACGGAUUUUAUUGGCUGGUAGGAAUCGAUGCAUAUUCAAAAUGGAUAGAGAUCGAUAGAAUCAAAGAUACCACAAGAUGGCAUGAAGGAAAAAUAAUAAAUCAACAAGCAAAAUUCUCGUAUAACGUAGAAGAAAAAGAUAAAAUAGUACGAAAACACGCAAAUCAACUACGAAUAAGGGAAGAACCAGACGAAACCAAAUCAAUAAUACCAAUUGAACCAAGUCAAAAAGGAAGGCAAUCGCGUUAUCCAACAAGGGAACGAAAACCAACAAAAAGAUUAAUAGAUGAACUUGAACUUGGUAAUAAAAAGAUUGAUAGACGAUCUUAA